AUGAUCCACCGGCCAUUCCUCUUCCUCUCGUUCCAAUCUGACUCGUACAUCCACACGCGCCGUACCUGCGUUGCAGCAGCAGUCACCAUCCUACGCGAGCACAAAAGCAUUGUAGAAUCAGGCGAAGUCUCGCUCUGGACGCACAUCGCCUUCAGCAUCACCGCUGCCAUCAUUCUCUCGUUCGAGGUCAUAUGCGAUCAGAGCAAAGAACGAGACAGCCGACAAGAAGGCUACCUCGACGCGAUUCGCGACGCGCGAGAGCAUCUCCUGGGCCGGACGACGAGUGAUAUCCUAGCACACCGCGGCGUGGUGCUUAUUGAUGCCAUCUUCUCUGAGGUGGGAGGCAUAGAGUCGUUUUCUGAUCAGACACUCGCUGCUAGGCCUGAUGCUAUAAACUUUGAGGAGAUUGCGGCUAGGUUCAAGACCGAUUGGUUUAUCCUUGAUUCUUCCACGGCUGGUCUCGGGCAGUUUGACGUUGCGGAAGAGCAUUUUGCUAUGUCUGGCAAUCCCUCUGAAGAUUUCGACGAUUGGUUCCAGCAGAUAUUUCACUCGACCAUAGUUGGAUAA